AUGAGUGAAAAUAGUGAACUUUCUGAGGCUCUCAAGAUUGUUGAGAAAAUACCGCAAAGGCCAUUUGCUCAGCUUCUUAGACGCCUUGCAAUUGCAUUAAAAGAACGUGAUAAUAUUCCAUUUUCUGAGGAUGAAGUUCAAAUUCUUCUUGAGCAAUUCAAAUUAACACCAACAGAACUCGAAUCAUUCUUUUCUGCAUGUCAAUAUGUUUUACAGCAAGCAGCCUGCUAUUCAUUCAACUCCGAAAAAACACAAAUGUACGCUUCACAAUGCGGUGUUCCAGAUGAAAUUGCCGAAUGUUUCUCUGCAGUUUGGGAUGCUGAAGGAGAAGAUCUAAUUAAUGCCUUAAAGAGCAGAACUUUGACAGAUGACGUACUUAACAGCACUUCAUGGCGUCUUAAUCUUAAGGCCGCUGAAAACGGAAAGGCUCCGACAAAACAGCCAAUAAUGCUUCUUGAUUUGAAUGUUACUGGAAAGAAGCCAAUUACAAUUCAAUUUAAUCACGAAGAACUCUCUAAGUUCUAUGAUCAAAUUGAACAAAUUCAACAGCAGGUUGAUCACCUUACUUAA